AGGUCGCAGUAAGUAAGUUAAAAACCCAUUACAGAGCUCCUCCUCUUGGCUCUGCUCUGGUGCUUUACCUGCCAGAUCAUUCUGAAAACCUUCAGGAACAAAUGUUCUUGUGACCAUUAGGGGAAAUAAAAUGUUGCCAGUUCACUGGAAUAGUUUGAUAGCCAGGCGCUGUGCAGUAAUUAUCCUUCCUUCAGUCAAAUACUGGUCACUGCUUGUUUAUUCCAAGGUCAUACUGUAUCCUGCAGCAUCUUGCCGUACCCGGAAACUGUGUGAAAUAACUGUGUUGGGAUUUUGCAUAGCUUUCUAGCUCUUUUAAUCAAAAGUACACACGAAUAUAUUAUGAAGUUUCAUGUUUCAGCAGUUUCUUCCUUACCAGCAGAAUGGUAAAUAUAGCUUUGCUUUUUUGUUGAGUUCAGUUUAAGGCUUUUUGCAGAAAAGAGACCUCGAUGAGCGCGUACCUCAUCAGCAGUUGAGGAUCUAAGAAACCGUAUUGAUGCUGUGUCUCAGACAGGACGUGCUGUGUUUCCUCGCUCCCUCAGUGUAGCAUUGAAAAGCCUCUCAGGCCUGUAGAGUUUGAUUGUGAUUGGAAGGGAGGAAAGCAGGGUGGAUGGAAGUCGUAACGCAGGAACGAAUGUCUGCAGUCACGCCGGGCAAUGAAAGAGUAGGCUGCUGUGGUGUCUCCUCUUGUAGUAUUUUAUGGGAAUGUACUGUAGUUCUGAAAGGAAUUCUUUAGGAAUUCAAGCUAUUAAAGGGGUUGUAAAAUUGAAACAAAAGCCUCCUGCAAAGUUAAAUGUGCCAGGCUGGGUAAAAAGCCAGGUCGGUACAAGGAGAACAGGAUCAAAGCAAUUUUAAUCAGUCUGGUCUAAUGACUGGAGAGGUGCUACGGCCUCGUAAAAGGUUGCAGCCGUGCUAAUUCGAGUCUGUCCUUUGGAGAUGAAACAUUUCUUCCUGGUGAGAACAGGUGCUCAGGCUCCAGCAUGGUACUCCUAAUAGAAGUCCUCCUAGCUCCAGGCUGUAAUUAGCAAUUUCAUCCUGUUUGUUUAUCAGCAAAAGACUGUUAUUCUGUCCAGGAAAAAUAUAGCGCGCGCGCGCCCCACUUUCUCAUCUUGGUUCCUAAGUUUCCCUUUGUUAAUGAGGACAUUCUAUCCUUGCUCUCCAGAAUACUAAGAGGCAAGAGAAAAAGAAAAACUCUUCCCUGUUUAUUUCCUCUUGGCAAAAGGUGGUGUGAAGACGCUCCCUUUAGAACGUUGUGUUGCAAGAAUAUAAAUUUUCUGUAGUAUUUCCCUGGAACUUAACUGCUUAGAAUUACCAGGCGCUCUGCCUUUGCACAGAAGCGAGUAUUUCCACUUACUGCUCUCCAGGAAGGCUGGCUUUGUUUGCAGUGUAAAUAUUUUAUUUUAAAUUGAGAUUCUCUCAUCCUAUGCUGUGAUGCCCCGGGAAAGGGAGACCUCCUGCAGUCUUUGUGCCUAAGCCAGGCUGUGCCGGAAGAAUACUCUGCAGGGAACAGUUUUCUACUGACAAAGGUGUGGAGUUGGACACGUGGCUUCUUGCCUCUGAAAUCCAAUUUUCCUAGGCUUUCUGCAGCAAGUUUGAUUAGGAAGAGUAAAACUUACCCCAGCUGCUAGUACAAACCUGUCUCCAAAUUCUCCCUGCUGCUGAUCUCCGUAAUUCCUUGCAUGUGUGGCCCCACGUAUAUGAGCCAUAGUUUGCUCUUUUACCACAGAAAGGACCAGAACCUGCUUUGGGCACAUACGCCGCUGUCUGAUUGCCUUAAUUUGAGCUCUCCUCCCUGGAAAUACCGGCCGGUUGCCAGGAUGGUGGCGCUCCUGGUGCUGUAUGGAGGCAAGAAGCCGUCAGCACUUGCGUCUUGUUGCGUUUCCGCGAUGCCAAAGUGAGUGGCUACUUCUGCUGAUUUCUCUCAGUGAAAACUGCUUGCAAAUAAGCACUUUCUCCUGGGAUCGAAGCAGGCAUAUUAGGAUUUACACGGUGCAAUUUGGCUGCAGUCACAUCCGUGUUCAUCAGCUAUGGCUUGUACUUGAUUUUUGUGGAAUCUCUUUUCAGGCAUUAUCUAUGUAUUUAUAGAGUUGAUGCAUUUCACUUUUAAAAUGCCAUUGAGAAGGCGUGUAAUCUGUACAAGCACCAGAUGGACAAAUGGCUUAUUAACGGCAGAAUGCGAGUGUCAUCUGGAGGGCUUAACGUGCAGGACCAGGCACAAUUAAGGACACGCGUUUGUGCUGCUUGAAGCCAGAGUUCAAUUUUGAGGGCCCGCCUGUCUUGAUGGCGCUCGCUCCCGCUGCUCGGUCUGAAGGUCGGUGUGUCCUUCCUGCUGCUGCCUCUUCAAGCGGGGGGGUCAGAGAGCUCAGCACCCCUCCGGGAGGGCAGGCAGAGGGGAAACCGAAGCCCCCCAUCCCGCUCAGGUCCAUCAUCUCUGCUCACUCUAAUGGGGCUCGGUAUAUUUUUUUAGAUUGGUUCAGAGCCAGGAUGGGUUUGAUCCCCUUUUGUGUGAUAUUUAACUUGUAAUAUUUUUUUGUUUGUUUGUUGCAGAGAAAGUAAUUUUCUCCUCUAAAGAUCCCCCCUGCCGUUUUCCCUUCCAGGCUCACCUGGAAGAGAAACCUUUCCAGGGUCCAAACAGAGAAAUAAAGGAGGGACAUCACCCCCAGCCCCGUAUCUGGACUCCGGGAGUUUGAGGGCGCUGUUGUUAAGAGGGGAGCAAUCCUGUCUGCCGGUGCUUUAUCACAAACUCUCGCGGCAGCUUGAUGGGGACAGUUUCAGAACCGCAAGAGAGGACCCCAAAUUUCCCCGGCGCUGUGGCUACCGCUGAAGAUGGAUGAGCUGUUCCUCGCUCUGCCCUGCGGAGACAGGCCGCUGCUAGAUGGUAACACAAACGAAUCAUCCACGGUAUUCCGGUGUGUAAGUCCAAAUCUGGCAACCUUAAAUUCCUCAUUCUGCUUUUGUGAGGUCCCUACACAGUUCCUGAUGGUCUUUAAUAUAUUUUUAUUUUUUUUUAUAUACUGACUAUAAGCCCAUGAAGCUGUUGGCAGUCCCUCUCCCCUUCCUUCUGUCCCCAGCUCUGGGCUCCUGCUGAUUUCCCCACCCGAGCCCAGAUCAAGCGGGACUCGCUGGCAAUAAGUAACCCCACGGAAAAGCCAGCAGCUCCUGGCCUGCGAGGGAGCUCGUGGGAGGUGUGAACAGCGAGACAGGGUGACCCAGCAAUAGCCAGGCUCGGUCUUAUAAAAACACACCCCAAUUUUGACUGACCUAAAUACUCUGGUGCUCUCUUGCCCUUCUGGUGUACCAUCGCACGGUCCCUUCUGUAAGUUAUAGAUAACAAUGCCAUUCCUCUGGUAUGAAACUUGCUCGUUUCUCCUCUCUGUCUCUGUUUUCCUCAUCUGGAAUCUCUUUCCCUUUUAUUUGACAUCACUAGUUCUUGCAUUAAUGCAUAAUAAGAAAGACAAGCCUAGAACCCACUGACCCCAGCAGAGGCUUUGGCUUCAAGCAUUAAAAAGAAAAGACUAUCAAGAACCCUCAAGAUCAACGUUUUGUUGAAGAAAGUUCCCCAAACUAAUCCAAGAAAGGAGCAUAGUGUAAUUUUUCUUAGAGGUUGAAAGGAGAAAGUACUAAUUUCAUGCAGAAAAGAUUGUAUCUGGGACUGGCAUAGAAAUAGAAAAUAAAUAGGUAUUAAAUUACAGUCGGCUGUUUCAAAAUAAUCUAAUAAAGCAUCUGCUGGAUCAAUAGCCGCGUCAUUAUCCAAGGCACAUAGCAGGCUGCCCCUGUUUUAAUUUGAGAUGCAAGAGGCUUUUGCAUUACCAUAAUAAAAAGAAUAAUACUUUAAGACUUCACAGUAAAAAGACAGAAGUAGAGGGGGAAAAAAAAAACCCCCAAGAACGGCACUUUAUGCCUUAAGCAAGCGUCAUUUUUAAUUUGAAACAUGUAAUUUAGGGAUACUGUGAAAUAAAGUUUUUAUAUUUAAUGACUGUCAGUCUGUCAGCUUGGCUGAGCUGUUCUACAGAAAAACAAAACAAAAAACCAAAAAAACCCAAAACCCAACCCAGAGUCCGUGAAAGAAGACUUUGUGUGCAGGGAGAGAGGGGAAGGGCGAGACAAGGCUUUCAACUACUUUGUUCUCCUAAUUAAGGCUCGCUGGAAGGAAAAAUAGCGAUGGAACAGUUAACAGUUAGAAAGUGCAGUUUCAUCAGAAGAAAACGAGAUCUGCCCGUGCGUUGGCCGCUGCAGCGGGCACGGAGCUGUGUAGGGAGAAACUGCGGUCGCGUGGGGACCACUGCAAAUAAAGCAGGGGUGAGAGCGAUGUGUCACCAGCCUUUCAAAUAGCGCAAAAAAAAAAAAAAAAGGCGGGGGGGUACAAAAUCAUGGAAUGAAUAUAGAGAGAAAAUAUGGUCCUGGGAUAUUUCCUAGACUAGGAAAAAGCAGACUCAUGAGAAUACGUCUCUGUAUUUAAAGCAGCGGCAGUAGUGAAGAGCGAUGGAAGCCUACGCGAAGUAGCGAAGGGUGAUCUCAGAAAUGAUGUUAAGAAUGUGACAGAGGAUGAGGUUGUCCCGGAGGACGGGAGGUGUCGGUGGUUACUGUCAGUCUGGGAAAGCACUUCAAAUGGCAGAGGGUUUUUUUUCCUGGAAUCAGGUUCCCCAUAAUAUAUUCAUUAACGCAGCGGGAUGGAAUAGGGGGGAUGGUUAUAAUAUAUAUCCAGGGCACCAAGCUGGGAAGAGCUACGAAGAGUACAGAGGGCUGAAUUACAAUUCAAAAGCAUUUUGAUAAAUGGGAGAAACGAUGUGAAACCAGUAGCGUGAGACCCCCCGAAGAGGAGUGUAAGGCUGGACUCAAAAGGUGAAAUCAAAUACACAAAACCCGAGGAAUCAAUAACUGGCUGUACGGCACCGCAGAAAUUGUGAAGAUGAGGGUGAACCCCCCCCCCAAACUCAGCAAAUGUUUUGGGUUUGAAAUGAAGAUAUAUCGUAUAUCGAUACAGGUGUCCCGUGUCAGAUGGAGGGGAGGGAGAGGGAGUUGUUCUGCUCAGGAAGGAGAGGUCUCCGUGGCCUGUCCGGACGCUGAGCUUUGAGAGACGAGAACAAAUUGCCCUUUGAACAGGGCACCGAAGGGCCCGGGGAGGUUUGGGAAGAGGCGGCUCAGGGUGAUGAUGGGGGGGCGGGGGUUAGGGAUUUAUCUAGUCUGGAGUCUCCACUGCGGAAUGGAGAAGUCUUGAAAUAAAUUAGAGGUUGUUUCCAAGAGGACAGGUGCUUGAUUUUUCGCCAGGUUUACUGAAGCUAGAAGAAGUAAUGGGCUUAAUUUGAAAUGGGAAAAAUGGAGUUUUUAACUGCUUUGUACCAGGGAGGCCGAGGGGCUGCGGGGGCUCCGGCAUCGCCACCCCCGGAGUCCUGCUGUCCCCACCUCCUGGGGCUGUGCCUGGGUUUUGUCCCCUAACCACUGUUGGCCCUGGGGGCUGGUUUCAUCGUCGUGUUGGAAGGAAAGGUGAGGUCUCGUUUGGCGGAGGAGUGAAAGUGUCCCUUCGCGAGAAGGCGGCGGUGGGGGCUCAGCACUUAAUUAUCAGAGAGGUAAAACCGGGAGGCAGAAAACAGGCAAAAAGCAGGUGAAGCAAGACAGGGAGACUUUGUAAAAACAGCUUUGCCGUGGGUUUAUGUUAAGUCAGGUCUUGUUUCUUCAUAGAUACCCGUGAGUGAAGCUCAAGACGAACCUCAAGCUGCCUUAACGCUGAUUUGUAUAAAACAAAUCCCCAAAUCCCCCGCCAGCCGGCACAAGCUGAAGGUACGGCCGACACGCUGCCUCCUGCAGCAGAGAAGUCUGCGCUUUCGUUCACUUCCAUUUCAUUCAUUCUCGUUGCGAUUUUUGGCAGACCUUAAUUUCUAAAUCGGGCCGGUUUCAGAGGGUGGCGGCUGGGCUCCAGGAAGCAGAAGUGCCUCCGGUCUGCGUUGGGAUCCUGCCAGCGUCCUCGUUUUGCUUUGCAGUCAAAUACAUCCCUAUUUCUCGGGAGCCUUUGCCUCUCUCCAAAGUUCUUUCUAGUUUACGGAUGGACUUUGUGUUCUCUGUUAAUUGCCGUCCUCUGUAAGAGGCUUAAAUUUCUAAUGCUGAAGUUAUGGUAGGGGCUGCAAAUAGGUGGGACAGGAAUGUUACAGACACACCUUUGCAUUUCAGAAGCCCGGAUAUAAAGGCAUAGGUGCAAAUACAAUAAAUACAACAGCAGCUGAUUGUCCAGCUAGAAUCUAAACUGUGGUGUUUAUUGGAAUGUACUGAUCAUUGGAUAUCUUAUAGACUGUUCUGUGGGGCCUGUGGCUACAGGAUACGUGCUUGGGUUGAGAAAAUACCUGGUAGGAUCUCACCCGCCUAACAAAAUCAUCAAAAUUAUGCCCCCAAAUAAGACGAUCUGAAAAAUAACACCUGCCAAAGGUUUCUGAGCACGUGGCUUGAUGACCGCUGAACUCAGGAAGAGCUGGGCCGGGAGACCUUGGCUCCUUACAACCCAACCUGCAGAUCCAUCACCUCCUUUGGGCCAGAGCUGCAAGUCCAGGGAGGUGGUUGGGUGGAAAAAUAUCUCAGGAAAACAACUGGAAAACCUUGCCUUCCAUCUAGGUUGGUUUAAGCUGCUGUGGAGCUUUCUCCUCGGUUCCUUAGAUAGGGGUGAAAGAGAUGCUUUGGAAACCUUCAGAGAGAAAGCCUGUCAGUCUAGAAGUUUCUAAAGAUUUAAUAGCGCAUGGCCUUUUUUGCUGCUUCAGAGCAGCAAAACUGGAUUGCUUUAAAGUUGGAAUUAGCUUUUUUUUUCUUUUUUCUUUUUUUUUUCCCCCAAUACCCCUCCCAAAGGAGCCGGGUUUUUCUGCUUGUGCUGACGGGCUGCGGUGUUGAUGCCAAGAUCAGCCCAUGCACGCACGUCUGGCUAAACGAGAGGUGCACGGUGUACGCGCUGCGGGUGAUUACGAACCUUGCUUUCCAGUUUAUUGCCCCCCCCAGGAGGUUUGCCUGGGGCGCUUUUUGGCAGCGAGCUGACAGUGCUCUUUCGAAGCACGUUGGUCGUCAUUUUCUCCCUCUUGUCGGGAUCCUUGCGUGGGCGAGAAGAGGAGGAAGCGAAGCCAAAGCUUUUGAUGAGAGGCGCGUUUGCAAAAGAACCUAAAGCUUUGCAUGGCCCUAUCUUGGGUGGGGAUUUGAGCUGGGCCUUGAGCUAGCGACGGCAGCCAGGAGAUUUAUCUGAUUUUUCUCAAUCCCUGGACGACGUUGGGAUGUGAGUUGCCGGUUUCCAGUGUAACGAGAUCCCGUGUGGGUAAGUGGUUUUGGAGUCAGUUCUGUUCCCCACGUGGUGUAAUGAACGCACUGCUCAGCGAUGUCUGGGGCAAGCAGGGUUGCAGAAAUUCAUCCCUCCAAGAGAAGAAUGGCAUUUUCUCCAGGAAGUGUACACAGGCGCCGCAAUGAAGCCUUCUUUUUCCUUUUUUUUUUUUUUUUUUUUUUUUUUAAACUAUUCACUAGGACUAGCAGUCACUCAGAUACCCGAUUCACUCUGUUCCUAGCCCCCAUGGAUCCUCCAGCUUUUGGUGAGCCGUGAAACCAUGAUUCCCCAGCAAAGGAUUCUUCUCUCUGGUGGUCCAUCUCGGCGUCACUUCUUUGCAGGAAAGCAAUGGUGUCCCCAGCCAGGUGAAGCUGCUCUGGGGGUGUCUCUGACCGUGUGUGCGAGCCCGCUGCUUUUCUUCGGAGUGCAGCAGCUGGAGAGGAAUCUCGCGCCCAUCCUCCGUGUUGGCGCAGCCUCCUGUUUUGAGGAAGGUUAUGCUUCCCCCCCCCCCCGGCACAUUACCCCUGUUUCUCUGUGCUUUAACAUGACUUUUUGCUGAAUAUACAGUGACCUGUUCUUAGCCUUUUGAUCUUCCUUCACCUCUUCUGAUUCCUCCAGCCCUAUCGUCGAUGCUUGGCUUUCACUAAUGUAUUCCCAGCAAUUAAUCUGAUGCAACCUUGGAAUUUGUGCGUCGUGAGUCCUGCCCAGCGCAUCGAGGAGGACGGAAGCCACCUGUCUGCGCAGCUCUUCGCAACCUUUAGGGCUCCGGCUCCAGCUCUGGACCCUCACCCUGCAAAAGGGCUGGAAAAUGCCUCCUUGCUCAUGGGAAGCAGGAUCUCAAGGAAGCUGUCAGUGGGAGCGGGACUGAGGACUUCGCGAUCCGCUCCCCAGCAGCUGCCUUGGGGCUGCGUCGGCGUUUCUUAGCAGCGAAAGAUAAGGCGGAUGUACAAAGUGCUGAAUUUCUGCCCGUACGACACAGAGUCCCUCGAGGAGAGGCACCUUCAGCAUGGCCCAUAAAACCCAAGCUGGUGGAACUGAGAGAAAGGGGUCGCUUUCCUCCAUCCUCUACUGUAAGAGUGAUUUGAAGGAAGGAUCCCUGCAGUGGGUGAAAGAACCGCUCAACGGCCAGGUGCUGAUGGUGCUCAGCAUGGACAACAACUGCUCAGCCACCUCCUUUGACAUGGAGCUUUGUGCAGAGAAACUGAAGUCCCUUGGGGUUCAGGUGCCAGCGGAGCAGUGGAGAAGGUUGAUCCAGGAUGCUGUCCUGAAGCCUGAAGUGAGACGGUACAUGUUCUACAACUCCAGGGUGUUCCAGAUAGCCAUUGCCGUGGUUUUCUACGUGUCUCUCUGGACAAACAUUUACUCCACAGUCCAGCUGUGUUCCUUUGGACGCUACUGGGAGGCCAGCGUGCUGGUGACCCUGGCUGCCGUAGCUGUCACUGUAGUUGUGAUACUGGUUAUCGAUCGUCGCCAGAGGAAGAUAAAUAUGAAUACAGAUGUGAGGCUGGCAGCUGUCAAUGAAAUCUUUAUCAAACACAGUUUAAUACUGGGGAUUACAGAUGCCCUGGACGGGCCACACAACAUCCUACAACUGUGGUUCGUGCGCUUCAGCCCCGAGCGCUGCCUCCAGUCCUUGUCAGCCCACAUCGCGGACCUGCAGAGGACGCGAGAGUCGGGCUUGCGGCACAGCCUGGACCAGCUCUGUGUGGUUAUGGAGGCGGUGGUUCAGCCCAACCCAGGGACAGAGGAGGAGGCUUCACGUGAAGAAUCCCCUCUUUUAUCCAGUGGAGGGAACCUAAAUAAACAGCCUGUGACAUGCAAUGAGCUGCUCCGCCUUGUUCCUGAGGGCCCACCAGAGCAGGAGCACCUGGAAGCCUGGAGGUCCGCACACACCUUCUCCAGCUCUGACACUGCUGAGCAGUUAAUGCUUACUGAGCAGCGAGUGCUUAAUCCUUGAGGAAUUCAUGGGCUGGGCUUUUCCUUGCUGGUGGCCGAGGUCCCCCUUUGGAAGACAACCUCCCCCGGGGUCCGUGCAGGGACCCAGCGCCUGUGUCCCGGCUGGGGAUGAGGCAUGGCCGCGUCCAGCCUUUGUCUCCUCCAUGGAGCAUGCCUUCAAAGACUUGUGCCACGCUGAGCAGCAAAUGUGUCCUCAUUCCUGCUCAGCAAGAAGCUUCAAAAAGGAUGAUUUUGAUUUAUUUUACGCUUUUCCGCUUGCUGUUACUAAGCGAAUUCAGUGCAGGUGACAUCCCUGCAGAGUGAAGCUCUCUGGCUGUCUAGAGGCAAAAAAGAAAAGCACCAGGAGGCAGUGACAGAGCAGACAGGUCCCCAAGCAGCCUGACUCCCUGGCCACCCGCUGGCGAGUGGUCACUUCAUGUCACUCCCCCGUGGGGACAGUGUGCCAGCACUGCUGACCAGAAGGGGAUCUGGGACAGUUAUAUAUACCAUUGGCUCCCGUCCUGUUCCUUUCAGACAAGGACAGUCCUUGAACGAGGGAGAAAAUGGUAUUUUUGUUGUAUGAUCUGCUCUUCCCGCAGGUAGGUGCUCUGCUCUGACACCUCUCGUGCUCGUUCCAGGUGAUGGCCCAGCAGCUCCUGGUGAUCUUCAGCGGAUGCUACGUGCGGCUCCUGGUGACCGGCCGGCUCCCGCGGGCCGUGGCGGGGGGGCACCUGGAGCACAGCAGCGUGCCCUGUCUCUGCCAGUUCAUCGAGACCGCU